AUCCAACGAAACCGAAAGUAUGAGACUGAGCAGCCGCUGGGUCUAACGUUGCAGGUACUUUCCAAAACGUCGCAAUAAAGCUGUGCUGGUCCGAACUGGUUCCGAGGACCGUCACAGACCAAAGGUGGAAGAAAGCGAAGUAACCUGAGCAGCGAGAUCUGCUGCAGCAGAAAUGGCUGAAAGGAGAAAAAGGCAGCGGUCAGAGUCGACUGACUCCCCCAGUGAGUCGUCACACAGUUCACAGAUGAGAAGAACUGAAUCUCCAGCUCCCAGCGCUGUGUCGAUGAAGAGCGAUUCAUCCAAGAUUGAUCCACCGUUUUUUAGUGAUGAACCAGCUUCCAGUUCACAGUUGAAAAGAACCAUGCCUUCAACUCCAAGCAUUGUGUCCAUGAAGAGCGAUAGGUCCAGGGCUGAAAUGCCUUUUUUUGCUCUUGAAACGUCUCCAAGCCAACCACUGCACUGUUCAAUGUGCGACAAGGUUUCAGCAGACCAACUCCAAAUGUAUUGUGGAUGCCGGUUAUGUAGAGAUUGUGCCGUCUCAGAAUCACACCGGUCUCCUUCAACAGUGGACACAUGUUGUCCAAAAUGUGGAAAGAAACCCAAAAGAACAGAUGGAGAGGAAGACAUUUUAAAACCAAAGAAGAACCUUCAAAAAGCAAUGCAAAAUAAAUUUUCAGUCACAGGUGAAGGUAAUGGUGACCAACAAAUUUCACUGAAAAGUAUUUACACAAAUCUCUACAUCACCAUUGGUGAGAAUAAAGAACUUUCUGAAGAACAUGAGUUUAGACACCUAAAAGGCAGUCGUCAAACGCAGCCAUCAUUGGAUUCCUCAGUGAAACUCACUGAUAUCUUUAAACCUUUGWYGRACCARRAKAAACCCAACAGAACAGUCGUAACUAAGGGAGUUGCAGGSAUUGGAAAAUCAUWUUCUGUUCAGAAGUUCAUCCUUGACUGGGCUGAGGAGGAAGCAAACMAAGAUGUUGAUUUUGUUUUCUGUCUUACUUUCCGAGAGUUGAAUCUGGUUACAAGACAGAAAAGCCUCAAUGAUCUGCUGGUAGAGUUUCAUCCKGCRCUSAAACCUCUGAAARAUUCCUUGGCUUAUGCCAAARCAAAGAUAAUYGUGAUCCUUGAUGGCCUGGAUGAAAGCAGAYMUCCACUGGACUUUGAGGACAYGAAGMCAGUGUCRUCUCUGAGGGAUGMAACAUCUGUAGGYAACCUACUGGUAAACCUCAUCAAAGGUAACCUUCUUCCUGAUGCAAACAUCUGGAUAACGUCCCGUCCAGCAGCAGCCAAUCAGAUCCCURCAGAGCACAUCRACAUGGUGACAGAGAUMAGAGGAUUCACRGAUYCUCAGAAAGWSRAAUAUUUCAAAAGGAGAUUCAGCGAUGAYCCACGUCUUGCUGAGAGAAUAACUAAACAUAUCCAGUCCUCACAAAGUCUUGACAUCAUGUGCCAGAUUCCRAUCUUYUGUUGGAUUUCUGCUGUUUUAUUCCAGGAURUCUUUGGUGGAGAGGCAGACACUGAAAUCCCUCAGACUCUGACAGAGAUGAUGGCACAGUUUGUUUUUGUYCAAACAAAACGCAGAAGCAGAAAAUAUGAAACAAAGAGUGAGACACACAAAGGRAARCUUYUACAGACACACAAAGAGUUUCUUCUGAAACUUGGGAAGCUGGCAUUUAAUCAGCUUCUAGAAAAUAAUGUAAUCUUUUAUGAGGACGACCUGAGAGAUAGCAAUAUCGACACUCAAGAAGCUUCUAUCUACACUGAGUUUUGCAACACAGUUCUUAGAGAAGAAGAAAUCUUCCACCAGAGAAAAAUCCACUUCUUUGUGCAUCUGACCCUCCAAGAGUUCUUUGCAGCUCUCUUUGUCUAUGAAUGUUUUGUAACCAAGCAAACCAAGCAGCUUGGGAACUUCCUUGAUUUGGAGGACCGAGACCAUGCUUUAGUUGAUCUGGCAAAGAAGAYGGUUGAAAAARUYCUGCAGAAGAAGAAUGGGCAUUUAGAUUUUUUCUUGCGAUUCUUCCUUGGUCUCAUGGUUGAACCCAACCGAAGAGCCGUUCAGGGCAUGUUGACGUCUGUGGACCCAAACGAYGACACUGACAGAAAAGUCUUGACUUACCUGAGAUCAAUCCGAAGAAAGAACUUAUCUCCAGACARCUGCAUCAACAUUUUCCAGACUAUGGUAGAGAUGAGACACCACAAACUCAAAGAUGAGAUUCAGGAAUAUCUGAAAAUGGACGACCGUCCAAAAAAAGAGUUGACUCCCCUGCACUGCUCAGCCCUGGCCUACAUGCUGCAGGUGUCCAAGAAUGAACUGGAGGAGUUGGACUUAAAGAGUUACAACACAACAGAUGAAGGCAGGAGGAGGCUCAUCCCAGCAGUGAGAAGCAGUAAAAAGGCUGUGUUAAAAGACUGUAAAGUGACWGAGGAGUGGAUUGAACAUCUGGUCUUUGGCCUAAAGUUCCCGUUUUCACCACUGGAAGAUCUGGACCUGAGCAACAACGAUCUGAAGGAUUCAGGGGUGAAGAUGCUCUGUGAUGGACUGUCCAGUCCUGGCUGCAAACUCAAAAUAUUGAGGUUGUCUGGUUGCCUCGUCACACAGACAGGAUGUGAACAUCUGGUCUCGGCGCUGAAGUCCAACCCGUCCCACCUGGUGGAACUGGACCUGAGCUACAACAAUCCAGGAGAAACAGGAAUUAAGMUGAUUACUGAGCAACUGCAGCUCAAGAAACUACAUUUUGAUCAUGAUGGACCCAAUCGGAUGAAACCAGGCUUUAAGAAGUAUGCCUGCUCCCUCACCCUGGACUCCAACUCUGCACACAAGAAGCUGUUUCUCUCUGAAGGGAGCAGAAAGGUGACCUGGGUGGAGAACGAGCAGCCUUAUCCUGACCACAAAGAGAGGUUUGAUCAGUGUCUGCAGGUUCUGUGUAAACAGGGCCUGCAGGAGCGCUGCUACUUUGAGGUGGAGCUGGUGGAGCCCUGCACCAUCGGCUUAACAUACAGGAGCAUCGGCAGGAAAGGAGACGGAGACGACUGCAAGCUGGGGAUGAACAAUAAAUCCUGGUGCAAGAUCUGCUCAGAGGAAGGUUGCUACAUAAGACACAACAGUAACAGUGUUUUUGUCUCCUCUCUGCGCUGCUCUCGGGUUGGAGUGUAUCUGGACUGGGAAGCCAGCAGCAUCUCUUUCUACAAAGUUUCUCAUGACAACCUCACCCACCUCCACACCUACAAAGAUAUAACAUUCAGAGACCCUCUCUAUCCUGCUGUUGAACUUUUUCCUCACUCUUCUGCUUUGUUUUGUCAGAUAUAAUAAGCUGAGAAAAGGGAGCGGGGAGACAUAUGCAGUGUUAAAAUAAACAUUAAAAUAUGGUUCUUACACUGUUUCAUGUAGUAGUACAACUGAAAGGUUUUUUUUAAAAUAAAAAAAUAGAUGUUUUAUUCCUGCUAAAGCUCAUGCAAAGUAAAUUACAUUUUAACAUGCCUGGUAUGUUAAAACACUAUAAACUGAC